UUUUACGACAGGUCUACGGGAAUAAAUAAUAAACUUCCAUCAGAACAGCGUAAUAAAGACAUAAUAACAGGUAUACAAUUUGGAAAACUUUUACAAUAUAUUACCGCUAAAAAUAAGUAUGAUAUUAAUUCAUGGUUAAAUGAACAUAAAAAUAAAUUGAAAAAACACUUAAAUAGAAUGCAAAUUAAAUUGAAACGAAAAGAAUAUGAUAAAUAUUGUAAAAAUUUAAAUUACAUAUUAGAUUUUGUUGUACAAGCACUUAAAAAGUUCAAUGAUUCUAAUGAAUUUUUUAGAUUGAGUCACGAGUUUGAUAAAAACAGCAGGGAUAUAUUAAAUACUUACACUUCAUUAAAAUGUUCAAGAGAACUUUUUAAUUCUGAAGAUGAAAAUCUAUAUAUUAAGAAAAUAAUGUAUGAUUUAUUUGAUGAUAUUGAAUAUAUGUUGUCUGUUAAGCAUUUUAGAAAAAGUUCUCAAUAUAGGGGAAUUCUUUGGAACAUAUAUGAUACAGUUAGUGACAGAAAAAUUUUCGAUUUUGAUAAGAAUUGCACACUUUCCAUAAUAGGUGAAAAACUUAAAGCUCUGAAAUGUAACACAACACCUAUAGCUGCGCCAACUGUGACUGCUACUGAGCUACCGAGCUCUGGAGGAGAUUUAUCAGAGUCACGAGGAAGUGAAGAUGAAGAACUAUUAGAUGUAGAAAAUCCAGAAUCUGCUGAUACUUUUCCAGAAAAUCUGACAAUUAGUCUUCCAGUUAACGAGGAUCCACCUAAGCUAGAUACUACCUAUGCUGCUGCUUCGCUUGCAGGAAUUUCCCUAUUUGGUACCAUAUUAUAUAAGUAUACAUCCUUUGGAUCUUGGUUAAAUCCACGAAGAGGAGCAAUAAAUGGAAGUAAUAUAUUUCCUAUAGAUAACCAUGUAUAUGAUGCGAACACAAUGAAUAAUUUUGAAUAUUUACAAACUGGCAUAACAAAUGAUGAAUAUCAAGUUGGAUACGGUUCUGUAACAGAUUACUAA